UGUCAGCAAAGCUAARGAAAUGCUUGGACGUCGUUUCAAAAGUUACUUUUAAAAAAAAAUUUACCUCGCAAGGUCUGGAAAUCGACAGUUUUUGAUUUUAGUUAUCUACAUUCAAGUAGAAACAUACUAGCUAUCAUAACUAAGUAUGAACGUGAAUUAAAAAUAUUACAUGAUCAGCAUUAUUAGAACAAAACAACUAAUCAAUAAAGAUGGAAAAGCAAUCUGAAGAUCGAUCAGUCAAGCCCAAGAACAAAAAACAAACUAAGAAAAAGAACAAGACUGAAAAUAUUGAAAAUCAGGAAAAAGAACCUGAAUGUGUUGCUAAAGACUAUGAAACCAACGAACAAAAAUUAUUUAUAGAACAAAAACCUGAUAUAUUUAAUAAUUUUAAAAUAAGUAUUGAAAUAAAUAUACUGGCAGUGAUACUAUUUAUGUCAGCUCUGUCAUCAAGAUUUUUUAAACUUGAUCAACCUCGUAAUGUUGUAUUUGAUGAACUUCACCAUGGGAAAUAUAUUAGUUUAUAUAUGAAGCGAACAUUUUUUUUUGACACUCAUCCACCUCUUGGAAARCAACUAAUAGCUGCUGUUGCAUAUUUAUGUAAUUACAAUGGCCAAUUUAAAUUUGAAAGGAUUGGAAGCGAAUUUARUGAUGAAGUCCCAUUAUUUGCUUUACGUUUUGUACCAGCAUUAUGUGGUAGUCUGAUUAUUCCUGUUGCUUAUCAGUUAAUGUUGGAAUUAGGAUGUCGACAUUGGUGUGCUGCUCUUGCUUCAUUUCUUCUUCUUUGUGAAAACACAUUAUUAACACAGUCUCGAUUCAUCUUGAUGGAGUCUAUACUUAUAUUUUUUACAUUAUGUGGAUUAUUAUUUGUGCUUAAGUAUAAAAGACAGAACAUGAGAUCGCCUUGGGCAUUGACAUACUUAAUAAUUGCUUCUAUUUGUCUAACUAUGGCCACAUGUGUCAAAUAUGUUGGACUUCUCUCGUGGCUUUUGAGUUUAUGGAUAAUUUGUAGAGAUUUCUGGGUUAACCAUUUAGGUGACAAGCGCCUAUCAGAUUUGACUAUUUUCUUAUGUGUAGUAUUAAGAUGUAUUAUUACAUUUGUGAUAUCAGUUGCCAUUUAUUUCUCUGUAUUUUUUAUCCACCUUAUAAUUUUAAACAAAGCAGGUCCACAUGACAGUGUUAUGACAAGUGCCUUUCAAGCUAGUUUAGAGGGUGGACUAGCAUCAAUAACUAAAGGUCAACCUUUGCAUGUUUCUCAUGGAUCACAAAUAACAUUACGGCAUACACAUGGAAGGACAUGUUGGCUUCACUCGCAUACUCAUGUUUAUCCUAUAAAAUAUGCGGAUAAAAGAGGAAGUUCUCAUCAGCAACAAGUUACAUGCUAUACAUUUAAGGAUGUAAAUAAUUGGUGGAUAGUUAAAAGACCAGAGAAAAAUACGUUAGCGGUAGAAAAUACAAAGGACCCAGAUGGUAUAAAACAUGGUGAUAUUAUUCAGUUGGUACAUGGAAUGACAAGUCGUGCUUUAAAUUCGCAUGAUGUUGCAGCACCUGUAUCACCACAAAAUCAAGAAGUGUCAUGUUACAUUGAUUAUAAUGUUUCUAUGCCUGCUCAAAAUCUGUGGAAAGUAGAAAUAAUCAAUCGUGAUCAAUUUGGAGAUGUUUGGCAAGCUAUUAAUUCUCAGGUUAUAUUAACUCAUUUAAAUUCAUCACAAGCAUUGAAAUUCAGUGGUAGACAGUUGCCAGAUUGGGGAUUUAAUCAGCACGAAGUAGUUACAGAUAAGAUAAUAUCUCAAGAUGAUACAGUGUGGAAUGUUGAGGAACAUCGCUAUACCAAAAGUGAAAAUGAAAAAGAAAGAGAACGUGAACUUGUCGCUGCUGAAAUGAUACCACCAAAAGGAACAAAAUUGGGACUUUGGGAAAGAUUUUGGGAAUUACAAUAUAAAAUUAUAUUUUCCUCACCGAACACACAAAAUGUUCACUCACAUAUGUAUAGCAGUGAACCUAUCGAUUGGCCGUUAAUGGUCCGAGGAGUGGCCUAUUGGUUAAGUGAACAUGAUAAUGGACAAAUUCACCUGUUGGGAAAUAUUGUUGUAUGGUAUUCAUCGACAUUAUGUCUAUUGUUAUAUUUAUCAUUCUUUGCUUUUUAUGUACUGCGUCAAAGAAGACAAAUUUAUGAUUUAUCUUUUGAUGAAUGGGAACAAUUCAAAACAAUUGGAGAAGUAUUAGUAGUUGGAUAUGGCUUACAUUAUAUCCCAUAUUUUUUUGUCGAUCGUACAUUAUUUUUACAUCACUAUUUGCCAGCUCUUGUAUUUAAGAUAUUAUUGUGUGCUGCUUUUAUGCAACAUCUGGCAAAUAUCGUGAAAGCAAAAUUGAUCCCGAGAUUUAUUUUUCAUUUAAGUCUUUGCAUAUGGAUUUUAAGUGUUAUGUAUGUAUUUAAAAAGUUCAUUGUCUUCAGUUAUGGAACUACUCCUCUAACAUCUAAAGAAGUUCUUAAACUACGAUGGAAAGAUACUUGGGACUUCAUUAUUCAUAAACCAUAAGUGUAAUAUUUUGGUAUUUAAAAUUAAAUGUUACCUAAUUGGUAGAUUAACUAGACAGCAGUUGAUAAAUAUAUUUUUUUUUGUAUUACUAACUGUUUGCAAAUAUGCAUUACGUUACAUCCACUAUUAUGUUCAUUAAUUAUUACAAUUUUUUUAAAUUAAUAAUACAUUUAUUUUAAUUUUUAAUUCAACAAACAAAACUUAAAUUAAAUAAAAAAUAAUUAUUAUAUUAUUACUAAUGAUAAGUUUAGUAUUAGACCCAGCUUAUAAUUGUCAAUUUACAAAUAACUGUUUAUCCAGUCCAUCUAAAAAUAAGUUAAAAUUAUGCCCUCUUAUAUAAUAAUACUAUAAUUCCAAAAUAUAUUUUAUUAAACUUAUGAGCAACAAGUUUAUAUAUAUAUGAUAUCCAUUUAUAGUUUUCGACAUAGACAUGGUAGAUUGUGAAUACACUUUCUUUUCUAUUGUUUAUAAUCUACACUACUAAAGAUACAAUAAAAUAGUUGUGAUACUAACAAUUGACAAUUUCAUCACUUAUAUUACUGCUUCGGAUUCAAUAAAAAUUUGAUACUUUUUUUAAAUAAUGUUAACUAAAUUUUAUUACAUAGAUCUCUACUGGGACUACUAUUUUGGACUUGUUCCACUGAUAUCAGUAUAUAAAAUAUAUUCAAACUGCAUAUAUCAUAAAUUAUGACUGCAAAUUUUGUACAAGUUGGUUUUUAAACUAAAUAUUUGACAAUACUGUAGAAUUUUGGGUAGACUAAUUUAAUUUUUAUUCAUCAACAAAUUUUGUUCUAAGAGAUUUUCAAUAU